AUGUCUGGGCUCUACUCUUUUACCUUGGCAGUAUGGUCGGAAGUGCAGAAUGGUUUUGCGCACUGGUGGCGCCCUGCUGCUUCCGUGUCGCUCGCCGUCCUCGCCGUGUACUGGGCAUGCUUUCGUAUCUACAGAGUAUACUUUUCACCGCUAUCCAAUAUCCCAGGCCCCAAGUUGGCUGCUUUGACCUACCUAUAUGAAGGCUAUUACGAAGUCUGGCUUGGGGGGAAAUACUUCCUCAAAGUGGCCGAGUUGCAUAAGCAGUACGGCCCAAUUGUCAGGAUAACUCCAGAGGAGGUGCAUUUCGCCGACCCGGAGUUCCUCGACGCCCUGUACCCUGCCGGCAGGAGGAAGACAGAGAAGCCAUCGUGGUUCGCUCUUUUGACUGGCACUCCUUACUCAAUCGUAUCUACCACCCACCACGAACUGCAUCGGCAACGCCGUAACGCCCUGAGUUCGUUCUUCUCCGCAGCCAGUAUUCACAGGUUCGAGCACAUCAUGAGACAGCACCUGGCCAAGCUACUCUCGAGGCUGGACGAGUCCGCUCGCACAAACAGCAUCGUCAAGAUCCACGAGGUAUUCAAGGCCGCUGCAAGCGACAUCAUCACUAUGUACGCGUUCGAUAACUCCUUUGACUUCCUCGACAUGCCUGAUUAUGGCCAAUCCUACUUCGAGUCAACUAACAACUUCUUCCUCCUAACGCACGUCUGUGUCAUCCUCCCUUGGCUGUAUCCUCUGAUACAGAAUUCCCCCGGCUGGCUUCUCCGCAGUCUGUUCCCAGGACUAAGCGAGGUUCGAGACAGGCAAACCUGGUGGCUCGAUCAAGUCCAUUCGAUUCGGAAGUCGCCUGAUCUCCAGCGUGUGAAGCAUACUAUCUUCGGAGGCAUCCUGACAAGCAAACUGCCCGAUGAAGAGAAGAGUGACGCUCGUCUAGCGAGCGAGGCGCAGCUCGUGGUCUUUGCGGGUGAAGGCACAACAGCAUGGGGCCUCAACGCCGCUCUAUACGAGCUGCUCGCCCAUCCCGACGAGCUGCGCAAGCUGAAGGCCGAGCUGUCGGGUGUCGAUGUUGGUGAGGACGGCAUACCCGCCCUCUCACAGGUGGAAGGCCUGCUUUACCUCGGCGCUGUCAUCCAAGAGGCCUUGCGGGUGCACCCAGGCGUCCUGACCAGGCAGAUGCGGGUCUCGCCCGACGUACCCGUCACGUACGUUGACAGCGCAAAGGGGAAGACAUAUGUAGUUCCGCCCGGCGCUGUCACCAGCAUGUCGCCGCACAUCACGCACCGGGACCCCGACGCUUUUGAGGAUCCCUACGAGUUUCGCCCACAGCGGUGGAUUGACAAUCCCAAGUUGGCCCGCUACUUUCAUGGCUUUGCACGCGGUUCGAGGAACUGCGUUGGUAUGACUCUCGCCCGGCGUGAGAUGGCACUCAUUCUUGCCACGCUCAUCCUCAAGUAUGACUUGUACACGGGGCAAAAGGGGCCAACCAUGGAACUGUAUGACACGAAGCGCGCGAGGGAUGUCGAUGCGCACAGUGACUACAUCAUUCCUGUCCCUGCCGAAGGAAGCCAGGGUGUGCGCAUCCUGUUCAGAGCUUGA